UCAACGCCCCGCCUGGCCUAUACCGCCUGGCCCCAGUGUGCCCGGACCCGACACCCUGCCUUGUCGCCUUCUUUUCCCUCGCAGGACCGGAAAGAGCAGCCCCGGGGGCCGGGCCAGGGCCUGCACACCCCUAGAAAGGAGCCGGUGUGAUCCUGACAGGCAGAGAUGGGGAAAAAACUGGAUCUUUCCAAGCUCACGGACGACGAGGCCAAGCACAUCUGGGAAGUGGUUCAGCGGGACUUUGAUCUGAGAAGGAAAGAAGAGGAAAGGCUGGGGGGAUUGAAGGACAGGAUUAAGAAAGAGAGCUCCCAGAGGGAGCUGCUCUCGGAUGCGGCCCACCUGAAUGAGACCCAUUGCGCCCGCUGCCUGCAGCCCUACCGGCUCCUCGUGGCCCCCAAGAGGCAAUGCCUGGACUGUCACCUCUUCACCUGCCAAGACUGUAGCCACGCCCACCCGGAGGAGGAGGGCUGGCUCUGUGACCCCUGCCACCUGGCCAGGGUUGUGAAGAUGGGCUCACUGGAGUGGUACUACGGGCACCUGAGAGCCCGCUUCAAGCGGUUCGGGAGUGCCAAAGUGAUCCGGUCCCUGUGCGGGCGGCUGCAGGGUGGAGGUUUGCCUGACAGGGCACGUGACUCACCUGACCUCCACAGUGGGCCUGAGCCAAGCCCUGGAGAGGGAAGUGGAGACAGUGAGCAGACAGAAGAGGAUGGAGAACUGGACACAGUGGCCCAGGCCCAACCCCUUGGGAGCAAAAAAAAGCGCCUCUCCAUUCACGGCUUGGACUUUGAGGCAGACUCUGAUGGCUCGACUCAGUCCUGCGGUCACCCCCCAUAUCUGUCCCCGGUCCCGAUGGCCACAGACAGCCUGCAGGCCCUCACAGGUGAACCCCGUGCCAAGGACACCUCCCAGGAGGCUGUGGUCCUGGAAGAGGCUGAUGCCGGUGCCCCUGGACGCCACUCUCAUCCAGAAGAGCAGACAAACAGCCUCUCAGCUGCCAGACAGGACACCCUCACUGAGCCCCGCUUCCCCAGACAGUCCUGCACAACAGCCCUGGGGUUGGCUGUCACACCCGGUCCAGGCGUCAUCAGCAGUAGUGAGCGACUCUCCUCCCGGUACCCGGCUGACGAAGGCACCUCCGAUGACGAGGACACCGGGGCUGACGGUGUGGCCUCCCAGAGCCUCACGUGGAGGGACUGCGCCCCGGCUGAGAGCCAGCAUCUCACCGGCCACCAGCCCACAGACGCCGACAGAGAAGAAGAGACCCUAAAGAGGAAGCUGGAGGAGAUGACCAGCCACAUCAGUGACCAGGGGGCCUCGUCCGAGGAGGAGGGGAGCAAGGAGGAAGAGGCAGGACUGAACGGGAAAACCUCCAUCGAGGACCUCCCCGGGGCAGCCCCAGAGGUGCUCGUGGCUGCGGGCCAAACGUCCAGACGGGAAACAAGCCCCCGGGGUCCUCAGGAACUCAUGCAGCCCGGCAGAACCACGGACCAGGAGCUGCUGGAGCUGGAAGACAGAGUGGCCGUGACGGCCUCCGAGGUUCAGCAGGUGGAGAGUGAGGUUUCUAACAUCAAGUCCAAGAUUGCCGCCUUGCAGGCUGCCGGGCUCUCGGUGAGACCCUCGGGAAAGCCCCAGCGGAGGUCCAACCUCCCGAUAUUUCUUCCCCGACCCGUUGGGAGAUUGGGCCAGACCCCUAAGGAUCCAAACGCGGAGCCUUCGGAUGAGGUCAAGGUGAUGACUGCACCCUACCUUCUGAGAAGGAAGUUCAGUAAUCCCCCAAAAAGUCAAGAUAAGGCUGGCGACUCCUUUGACCGGCAGUCAGCGUACCGCGGAUCCCUGACGCAGAGAAACCCCAACAGCAGGAAGGGAGUGGCCAACCACAGCUUUGCAAAACCCGUGAUGACCCAGCGGCCCUGAAGGGGGGUUGUCAGAAGAGGACGGAGCGACCCCAGGGCCCCCGCUUUCCCUCCACCUCAGCCGUCACGUUCCUCCGCCUGCCGUGCACUUUGUGCUGCACUCAGUCCAGUGGAGAGACGCGACGGAACAGCGUCCAUAAUGGAACCCCACCUGCGGGGGGACUGCCGUCAUCAGACCUUCAGCUAUUCACCCACGUUCCCUGACGCCCUCUGACACCACCCCUGCCGGCCGGCUCUGAUCCGUGAGAAACAUCUAAGCUGACACUCUUUCCUUUAGGACCGUGUUCAACUUUUUGAAGGACACAGAGUAGAAUGUUCUCAGUGUCAUCUUUCAGCCCUUUCCCUGCUGGCUGGGACAGUAAAGGGCUGGCUCCGCGUAGCACUUGCUAUGUGUGUGCCCCACACCGUACCGGAGCACGAGCAGGUGUGUGUGUGUGCGUGUGUGUGCGCGCGUGUGCAGUCAGACAAGGAAAUUGGGCGUCAAGGCAAGUGACUGAACUCAUGGCCAGCUGACAGAGAGGGAUUGAUCCCCGCCCCCCGCCCCUCACACCUAUUCUGCAAGUUCAUCUGUGGCUCACAGACCAGGAGAAAUUCCACUGGGGUCAAGGGCAGAGCAAGCACGUGGUAGCUGGUGAGCAUCUGAUCGAUGUCCAAGUGCAGGUACAGAGGACCUGCUGGAGAGGUGGACGCUGGGGCUCUAGACAGGCAGGACGGCGGGUUCCAGCCGGCACUGCCACUCCUGCGGUGGCAUCCAGUGGGACAGGGGAGCAGGACCGCUUAGUGAUGCCUGCUGCCCACCUGUCGUCAGUCUCGUAGGUGAGCUCCGAGUGCUCCUCCACCAGGACAGCCUGGGAUUCGGGGUUACUUCUGGGCAUCUGUGUGGCUUAUCCAGCUUUAAGGGGAGCCCACUGGGACCCUCGGGGCUGCCUUGGAACAUAGUAAUGGUAAUGGCACCCCCCCCAACUGAGCAUCAUUACAUGCUUCCCAGAGACUCUUUACUCCUUGGGUUAAAUUUAAGCCCAUUUCUUUAGGUUUAUUUAUUUUGUGAGAAAGAGAGAGAACAUGAGUUGG